AGCGACGAAGCGGCAGGAAGCGGCUAUCCUUUAGCUGUGCUAAUAGCAAUCGGAGCGGUAUCAUUUAUAGCGUACUUUUUGCUAACUGAAAGUAGCAAUUCCAGAUGUAGAGGAAAGUUCGCCAAAAAUGAAGGACCAAUAAAGGUACCCCCGGAGUAUAUGAACAUUCCAAGCAGCCCUGAUGUGAAAGAACAAGAGGAAAAAAGUACUGUACCAAGCACCGCUUCUGGAUAUGUAACUGUCGAAUACUAUGGCUUAGGUGACUUAAUUUUGAAGGAUAUCAAAGCAUCCGAGAAGGACGAAAAGGAACAAAAGAAACAUGCAGUUGAGGCUCAAGUGGGAAAGCAUUCAAAUGAGACAAGUGCACCGAAAAGCAUUAGCGAGAGUAAAGUAUCGAAGAUUUCAGAGUGCGCCGAAAACGAAAUCAUCCGAAUCAAAUCGUGCAAUUGUCGUCAGUAA